CGCAUACUACGUGCAGUCGUGACGUCACCAUCGCGCGAGAUGCGAUUUGCUAUGCUGUGUGGGAUUCGCUGUCAGGCAGGAACCAAGGCGCUGAACAAUAAUGGCGCUGGGGGACGAUUAAGCAGCGAUCCUGGACUGCUGGUUUUGUUAAGAAUAUCGGGACUGCCCCGCCGAGAGCGGGACUGGCGGGCGGUGUAGGCCAGAUGUAACAUGAUGGGUGUUGACUUUGAUGUGAAGACAUUUUGCCACAAUUUGAGAGCCACAAAACCUCCCUAUGAAUGCCCAGUGGAGACCUGCCGAAAGAUCUACAAGAGCUACAGUGGGAUCGAGUACCACUUGUACCACUACGAUCAUGACAACCCACCUCUGCAGCAGCAGACUCCCAUCCGCAAAUCCAAAAAGAAGGGCCGGCAUCCCCGAUCUGCAAAUAAGCAGUCACCGACCAACUCCGAAGUGUCUCAGUCUCCAACCCGGGAGGUGAUGACGUACGCCCAGGCCCAGAGAUUGGUGGAGGUGGAAUUACACGGGCGUUUGCAUCGUAUUAGUAUAUUCGACUGCUUGGAUGUUGUUUCUGAGGACGAUGAUCCACCUGAAGAAACUCCUGAAAAUGGAAGCAAUAAGGAAAAUAAUGACACACCUGCAACCACUCCUAAGUCGGGAAAGCACAAAAGCAAGGAUAAAAGAAAAGACUCCAACCAUCAUCAUCACCACAAUGCCACCGCAGGAGCCACCACAAAACUCCCAGAGGUUGUGUACCGAGAGCUUGAAUUGAAUACACCAGAUGCUCCUCCACGGCCUUCUUCCUACUACAGAUAUAUUGAGAAGUCUGCAGAGGAGCUAGACGAGGAGGUGGAGUAUGAUAUGGAUGAGGAAGAUUACAUCUGGCUCGAUAUAAUGAAUGACCGAAGGAAGACGGAGGCAGUGAACCCCAUUCCACAAGAGAUCUUUGAGUAUUUAAUGGACAGGUUGGAAAAGGAAUCCUACUUUGAAAGCCAUAAUAAAGGGGACCCAAAUGCUUUAAUUGAUGAGGAUGCUGUGUGCUGCAUUUGCAACGAUGGAGAGUGUCAGAACAGCAAUGUUAUAUUGUUCUGUGAUAUGUGUAAUCUUGCUGUGCAUCAGGAGUGCUAUGGGGUUCCUUAUAUACCGGAAGGACAGUGGCUUUGUAGAAGGUGCCUCCAGUCACCUUCUAGGGCGGUGGAUUGUGCACUGUGCCCAAAUAUGGGAGGGGCAUUCAAACAGACAGAUGAUGGACGCUGGGCACACGUCGUUUGUGCCCUUUGGAUUCCUGAGGUUUGUUUUGCAAACACAGUCUUCCUGGAACCCAUAGACAGCAUUGAACAUAUCCCACCUGCACGGUGGAAGCUGACGUGCUAUAUUUGCAAACAGCGAGGCUCUGGAGCUUGCAUCCAGUGCCACAAAGCAAACUGUUAUACAGCCUUCCAUGUGACAUGUGCUCAGCAGGCUGGCCUGUACAUGAAAAUGGAACCUGUGCGAGAAACCGGUGCUAACGGUACGUCUUUUAGUGUGCGCAAGACUGCGUACUGUGAUAUUCACACACCUCCAGGGUCUGUUUGCAAGCUCCCUGCACUUUCUCAUAGUGAAGCAGAGGAGGAGGAUGACGAGGAAGAAGAAGAUGGCAAAGGAUGGAGCUCUGAAAAGGUAAAAAGAGCAAAGGCCAAAUCAAGGAUCAAAAUGAAGAAAGCUCGAAAAAUCCUUGCUGAGAAGAGAGCUGCUGCCCCUGUUGUUUCUGUUCCUUGUAUCCCACCACACAGACUCAGUAAGAUCACAAACUGUUUGACCGUCCCAAGGAAGAGCCAGUUUAUGCAAAGGUUACACAGCUACUGGACCUUAAAAAGACAGUCUCGAAAUGGUGUUCCACUGCUUCGACGCCUGCAGACGCACUUACAGUCUCAAAGGAACUGUGAUCAGGAGAUGAAGUGGCGGAUACCAAUUUCUGAUGACGCACCAGGUCACUUGGGUACCAUUGCCAAUUCAAAUGAUGAGGCUGGAGACCAAACUAACAAGAAAGACCCCACGGAUAAGAACUGGUUGCUUAAGGAACAAUUAAAAUCAUGGCAGAGACUUCGGCACGACUUGGAGAGAGCUCGUCUGCUGGUAGAAUUAAUACGAAAGCGAGAAAAGCUCAAGAGAGAGACGAUUAAAGUCCAGCAAAUGGCACUAGAAAUGCAGCUGACUCCUUUUCUCAUCCUCCUGAGAAAAACGCUGGUGCUACUGCAGGAGAAAGAUACAAGUAAUAUAUUCACUGAGCCGGUCCCUCUGUCUGAGGUAACAGAAAUCUACAAAGUGCCAGACUAUCUAGAACAUGUUAAGAAGCCAAUGGACUUUCAGACCAUGAAGCGUAAUUUAGAGGCUUUCCGCUACCAGAAUUUCGACCACUUUGAGGAAGACUUCAACUUAAUUGUGAACAACUGCAUAAAGUACAACACUAAAGACACUCUCUUUUACCGAGCUGCCUCACGCCUUCGGGAACAGGGCGGAGCUCUCCUUCGGCAGGCCCGCAAGCAGGCAGAAAAGAUUGGCAUUGAUUUUGAGACGGGUAUGCUUAUACACCCAGUCAGCACAGGAAAUGAAAUUGGGCGUCAUGGCAGAGAGAAUGACUUUGAGCGUGCUCCUCUGUCUGACACCCGCAAGCAACUCCCUCUAGAGGAGCAGCUAAAAGUCCAGUUGGCGAGACUAGAUGAGGUGAAUGCGAGCAAGCAAAGCAUAGGACGAGCGCGCCGGGCCAAGAUGAUCCGCAAGGAGAUCACGUCGAUCCGUAGGAAGAUGUCUUACCAACAAGAAUCCAGAAGGGAUGAUGGCAUUGAUCGGCACAGCUCUGCCGGAAGAGGAGCCCUGCCUUUGCACGGCACUUCAGAGAAGGAUGGACAGACGGACAGUGCUGCAGAAGAGAGCAGCAGUCAAGAGACGGGGAAAGGUCUUGGCCCAAACACUUCCUCCACCAAUGCUCAUGAAGUUGGUAGAAGGACUUCUGUCCUUUUCUCCAAGAAGAACCCAAAAACGGCAGGACCACCCAAGAGACCAGGAAGGCCACCGAAGAACAGAGACAAUCAGCUAUCAUCGGGGCAGAUCAGUAGCCCAAUUGGACCCCCGCAGCUGUCUGUCACAGGGGGGUCUCAGAGACGGAAAAGAGUUCGAAGCCCUCGGCCGACUUCAAGCUCAGAUAGUGACAGCGACAGUGAUAAGUCAGCAGAGGAACCCUCUUUAGAUUUACCUACAAACGGUUUCAGCGGCGGCAACCAGCAAGUCAAAAAGAGUUUUCUAGUUUACCGGACUGACUGCAAUCUUCCACGGAGCAGCUCAGACUCUGAGUCCAGCACCAGCAGCAGCAGCAGUGCUGCUUCUGACAGAACCAGCACAACUCCUUCCAAACAGGGUCGGGGAAAGACGUCUUUCUCUAGGGAUAAUUUCGCUGACUACAGCAGUGAGGACACGUCUGGAACAGAGAAUGAGUCCUACUCCGUUGGUGGGAGAGUUGGGCAUGGCUUGGUACGCAAAGGACUGGAAAGCCGAGGGGCAGGGUGGCUGUCUGAAGAUGAAGACUCCCCUCUUGAAGCAUUAGACUUGGUGUGGGCCAAGUGUCGGGGAUAUCCCUCUUAUCCAGCUCUGAUUAUCGAUCCAAAAAUGCCACGAGAAGGAGUGUUUCACCAUGGCGUUCCAAUUCCUGUACCACCUGUAGAUGUUCUCAAAUUAGGAGAACAAAUGGCUCAAGAGGCACAAGAGCAUCUCUACCUCGUUCUGUUUUUUGACAACAAGCGAACCUGGCAGUGGCUUCCACGGACAAAGUUAGUUCCUCUCGGCGUGAACCGCGAACUGGAUAAGGAGAAAAUGCUGGAAGGGAGGAAAUCAAACAUCCGCAAAUCUGUGCAGAUCGCCUACGACCGUGCCAUGCAGCAUCGCAACAAAGUGCAGGGUGAUCCAAGCAGCGAAUCCAGCGAGAGCGACUAGGGCCGCCAUCUUCACAGCAAGAAACAUUGGAUGAUCCCUGCACACUGAUGUCAAUCCAGAUUUAAAAAAAAAAAAAGAGCAACGUGCCCUCUGGAACUGCCCAACAUAGUUGUAGAUUUUUGCAAAUUACGGUUUUAUUUGUUUGUAGAAAAGGGCCAAGAUCAGGAGAAAUAAGAGCCUAUAGGAAUACAGAAAAGGAGCAAGAGCAGGGGAAAUAAGAGCCUAUAGGAAUACACAUGUGACAUGGAGCAGGGAUCUGUGCAGAGUGGUUGCUGGAUGACCAUUGAUAGCAGUGAUUUCUUCCCUUUUGUAACUCCCAUUUCCCCUGCAGGAAGCUGUAGUGAACUUUUACAUAUCUCUAUAGAACUAUUGUCCCCCUUGAAGCUCUUCUACAGGACUCUUUUAUAUGCAGUGCGUCCCGUAUUCACUCUUAGACAUCUCGUUAUAAAGAAUCAAAAGCACGAAAGAUGAUCUUAUUUUUGGCCUGUUUAUUUGUAGGCCCCACUGUUUAGCAUUGACUUCAUUGUAUCACGUUCAAAUUACGGUUCUGAGUUGCCUCUACAGUUUCAGAUCUGUAACAGCAUAAGGGAAAGCGUGGGUGAAAUAGAAUGGGUAAUUUUAUUUAUUAAUCAUUAUUAUAAUUUAAAAUCAUCAUAAAAAAAACCUAUGCUGUCUUAACAGACCCUUUCCUAAAGGUUAAGUAGGCCUUUAUUUGAUACCCUUGUAAAUAUGUUUUUACUGUUAUUAUCAAAAGGUCCUUUUCAGACAGACAGGGGUAGUUCAAGUUGGUUAUUUUUAUCAAUGUUUUAAUUGGUCUUCAUUUUUUAUUCAUUAUUUGCCUUCCUCUUCUGCCCUUUCCAGUUUUAAGUAGGGGUCACUGACCAUAGCAGCAAAAAACCUAUUUCUCUGCAAUGUUACUGUUACUUUGUAUUACUUAUCUUUCUAUUUGGGUCGCUCCUCUGUCUGGCUGCUAGGGUAAAUUGGACUCUAGCAACCAGAUAGUUGAAAUUCAAACUACAUAGCUGCUGAACACAAAGCUAAAUAACUCAUGUACCAUAAUAAAACGAAGCCCCAUUGCAA